AUGCAAAAGAUUUUAAUCAUAAGUUUUAUUGUUACAACUUUAGCGUUAACAGAAGGAAGGUCUACAAUAAACAGACCUAGAUUUAAACGUGAACAUAUCCCUCCUCCGGGUGUACCAACUUUCCGUAGGGAUUCUGUAGAGCAUAUUCCAAAGGGAGAAAAAAAUCUUCCUCUGUUAACGGAAUCACAAUAUGGAUCUACUACUAUUCCUUUAAGAACGGCAGUUGAAAGCGUUCCUAACGUGUUGGAAAAUUCUAGACGUUUACCUCUUCGAGAUGCCGUAGAAAAACGUCCACCCCCUGAUGAUCCUUUAGACAUAGAACAAGACAUAAUUUCAGGACAACUAAAUUUCAACGAUGAUUCUAUAGAAACGUAUGCUGCUAAUUUAAACUUUCAACAACAAUAUUAUCCUUUUCUACAUACGCCAUUUCAAGGAUAUCAACAAUCCUAUUAUUCCCCUAUUCAAUAUUUUCAGGAUAUUUUAACUGAUUACAAAGUAACUAAUCCUUAUAGAAUCGAUAAUAGUUAUCAACAGUUAAUUGUGAGUCCUUUUGGUUUGCCACAAUAUGAUUUACAUCAACGAUUUAAAAAAAGCUCAGCCGAUAAUCAAAAAAUAGUUUGUUACGUAGGGGGGAUAGCUGCGUAUAGAAAAGAACCCCUUACCUUCGGUCCGGAGGACCUAGAUCCAUAUAUUUGCACCCAUAUUAUUUACAAUUACGCAACUAUUGAUCCAAUCACCUAUACCAUAGUUUCCAAUGAUGAAAACUACGAUAUUGUUAAAGGUGGAUAUAAAGCAAUUACUAGUUUACGCAACAAGAACCCAAAUCUGAAGAUCCUCAUUUCUUUGGGUGGAAGCAAAGAAGAUGGUUCCCGCCGGUUCAGUAACAUGGUGUCAAACUCGAGAAAACGUAUCAAUUUUAUACGUUCCCUUAUAACUUUCCUGGAAAAAUACAAUUUCGACGGUAUGGAAGUCCAUUGGGAGUAUCCAGGAUCACAAGAAUUCGGAGGACAAAGAACUGACAAAGAAUUUCUAGCUUUAUUUUUGGAAGAAACAUCGGAAAUAUUCAAACAACGACAGUGGAGUUUAGUCCUUUCGGCACCUGCUUCAAGAUUCAAAGUAGAAGACGGUUUCAAUCCAGAAAGAAUCGGCGAUUUCGUCGAUUUCGUCAACCUCCAAACAUACGAUUUCCAUUUCGAAAGAGAAUCCGUCGCAGAUCAUCACGCAAAUUUGUUUACUAGACCUGAAGAUAGCGGCAUUAAUAUUUUCUUCAACGUAGACUAUGCCGUUCAGUUUUGGUUACGAAAAGGACUCCCUAGCUCAAAAUUAAUCCUAGGAAUACCAUUUUUCGGUCGAUCUUUCACUCUAAAACACGCAAAUCAAACAGAAAUCGGUUCACCGAUUAUAGGAGCAGGUCGAGAGGGAUAUUAUACUAGAACCCCGGGAUUUUUAGCUUACUUCGAAAUUUGCGACAUGAUUCUCAACGAAGGUUGGUUUAAAAGCGAAGAUGCAGCUGGUUCUCCUUUUAUAGUCAAUGGAGAUCAAUGGGUAGGGUAUGAUGAUACAGUUAGCAUCAAAAGAAAGAUCGAUUACGUUAAAGAACAUAAAUUAGGCGGAGUUGUUAUUAACGCAGCAGAUUUCGACGACUUUAAAGGACUGUGCGGUGCAAAAUGGCCCCUUUUAACUACCAUAAACAGCGAAUUAAAAGGUGUGAAUCCGGUGUUCAUAUCGGACGCUGUGGAAGUUCCACCGACGAAACCUUUUGGCGUUUGCGAUUCCGUAGGUUACUACAGCGAUUCGAGCAAUUGUGCGGCUUAUUACAUAUGUAAAAACGGGCUUAUUUAUCAUUUAUCUUGUGGUAAUGAUCUGAUGUUUAACCCCACUAACGGAAAAUGCGAUCACGUCAAUCCGCUCAAUUGUAGACCUGGUGAAACUAUAUAUAUUCCGAGUUCGUUGAAAGAGAUCCGUUUAAAAGAUGAGAAAGAAAAAUUUAUCGACAAAAAAUCUAAAGUUGUAUGUUAUGUGACCAACUGGGCUUUCUACAGAAAAGGAGAAGGAAAAUUCGUACCUGAACAUAUAGAUCAAAGACUUUGUACUCACGUUGUGUAUGCUUUUGCUAGCUUGGAUCCGGAAAAAUUACUCAUCAAGGAAUUUGAUCCUUGGGCAGAUCUAGAUAAUAAUCUUUACGAACGUAUAACUUCCUUAAAGGAUACUAAAGUUCUGUUGUCCCUUGGUGGUUGGACGGAUUCUACUGGUGAUAAAUAUUCGAGAUUAGUAAGCGACGGUUCGGCUAGAAGGAAAUUCGUUAUCGGUGUGGUGGCUUUUUUGAGAAAAUAUAAAUUUAGAGGAUUGCAAUUCGAUUGGAAUUAUCCGACGUGCUGGCAGAGUAACUGUCAAAGAGGACCGUCAACCGAUAAGGCGAACUUUGCCAAAAUCAUACAGGAACUGAGAAAAGAAUUUGAUAAACAAUCGCCCCCACUAAUAUUAGCAGCAGCUAUAUCCGGCUAUAAAGAAGUUAUAGAUUUAGCUUACGAUCUACCGACACUAGGAGAAAAUUUAGAUUUUCUCUCGGUGAUGACAUACGACUAUCAUGGUGCUUGGGAAGGUCAAACUGGACACGUUAGUCCUUUAUAUGGAAGACCGGGAGAUACGUAUCCACAGUAUAACGUGAAUUUCACAAUGGAAUAUCUGGUAUCCAAAGGAGCUCCAAAAGAAAAACUUCUUCUCGGCAUACCUUUUUACGGUCAAAGUUUCACUUUAACUAAAAAAUCUAAUUAUUCAGAAGGAACCAGAAGCAACGGACCAGGCGAACCCGGUGAAUAUACCAAACAACCAGGGAUGUUAGCUUAUUACGAAAUUUGUAAUAAAAUUAAAAAUCAAAGAUGGAUAGCCAACAAAAAUAACAUAGAAACAGGUCCUUACGCGUAUAGUACUGACCAAUGGGUAGGUUACGAGGACGCGACAUCAAUUAAAAGGAAGGUGGAGUUAAUUAAAUCUAGAGGUUUCGGAGGAGCCGUAGCUUGGACGAUAGAUCUCGACGAUUUUAACAAUAGGUGCUGCGAAGGUUCGUUUCCUUUGUUAAAGACCCUCAGUAGAGGAUUAGGACUCAUAUCUGAUGAACCUGUUCGAACUGAUUGUACAAAACCAGUACCACCUUCCACUCCCGCACCUCCUGAAACUACUACAGGUGUCGAUUCCGGAGCGUCAUCUGAACACGAUCACCAUCAUGAAGAACAGACUACUAAGAAAACUACAACAACUUCUUGGUGGAGUACGAUAACUACAACUAAAUCUCCUUCUACAACUGCCACUUGGUGGAGUACAAUAACAACUACCAAACCUUCAUCUACAACAGCUUGGUGGGAACGACCCUCAAGUACUUGGUGGAGCACUGAGAAGACUACCACUAGAUCGCCGGUAGCUUGGUGGACGACUCCCACAUCAACCACUAAAAGGCCUACUACAACUCAAAGACCGAUCUAUCAUCCUCCUUCGGGAUCUGUUAUCCCCCCUCCGACAGUAGUUAGUCCAGAACUAGAUCGACCAGUGAAAAAAUGUGAAACGCAAGAGUAUAUACCGGAUCCUAAGAACUGUAACGCCUUCUACAGAUGCGUCGGUAACGAAUUACAAAAGCAAUAUUGCGCCGGGGGAUUACAUUGGAACAAAGAACAACAACUUUGUGAUUGGCCAGAUAGAGCUAAAUGCGUCGAACAUAAUAACGUUUUCAAGCCCACAACUAAAAAACCUUUGAAGCCAACAACUUCGAAUUGGCAAUCGAUCGGAACGACUACAAGAAGAACUACUAGUUUACCUUUAACAACAAUUGCUGAUACCUGUAAUAGCGGCUCCUACUAUCCCCACGAACUAUGCAAUCAUUUUUACGUGUGUUUCAAUAAACAAUUAGUGGAACAAGUUUGUCCUCCAGGACUUAACUUUGAUGCCGAAAAGGGCAUGUGCGAUUGGAGCUUCAAAGUUAAAUGUACCAAUAGGAAGAAAGUGGCACAGAUAUUUACGACCAUACAUGACAGAUAUUAUAGCGGACGUCCGCAGCCUCAUUCGAAAUGUGAAGGUAAUUCUUUCGCGCCCUUAAUAGGUAGUUGCACCCAAUUUAUGCAUUGUCAAUGGAACAAAUACGAAAUAAUGCAAUGUGCACCCGGGUUACACUGGAAUAAUGAGAAAAAAAUUUGCGAUUGGCCUUUAAACGCACAUUGUACCGAAGAAAGCAACACCAAUGAACUCGAUGAAGAUUUUGAUACGGAUACAAGUACAUCUCCGUCAUGGGGCAAACCAACAACUUCAGGUAGUUAUCCGGAAUGGUCUCCGGCAAGUACUACCAAGUAUCCCGAAUGGACACCACCAAGUACCACACAAUGGACACCAGCUUCAACUGAAUCUACUGGGAAUGAAUGGGAAUGGCAUCCUCCAAUACCACCAACGUCAGAAAAACCACCCUUACCUGAAACGUUGAAACCUCUAUCGGGAUAUUAUAAAAUCGUUUGCUAUUUCACCAACUGGGCGUGGUAUAGAAGAGGUAUUGGAAAAUAUUUACCAGAAGAUAUAGAUGAAAAUCUCUGUACUCACAUUGUUUAUGGAUUCGCAGUUUUGGAUUAUUCCAAUUACGUAAUCAAAGCGCACGAUUCAUGGGCAGAUUUUGACAAUCAAUUUUACAAGCGCGUUGUAGGAUAUAAAUCGAAAGGAGUAAAAGUUUCUCUAGCCAUUGGAGGCUGGAACGAUUCUUUGGGAGAUAAAUAUUCGAAGCUUGUAAACAAUCCAGCAGCCAGACGUCGAUUUAUCGAACACGUUAUGAAAUUUUUAGAAAAAUACAAUUUCGACGGCUUAGAUCUAGAUUGGGAAUAUCCAAAAUGUUGGCAGGUCGAUUGUAAAAAAGGUCCCGAUUCGGAUAAAGCAGCUUUCGCGGAUUUCGUAAAAGAAUUAAAACAAGCUUUUAAACCGAAAGGUUAUCUUCUAUCAGCUGCCGUAUCACCAAGUAAAACAGUUAUAGACGCAGGAUAUGACGUACCAGCUCUAGCAGAACAUCUCGAUUGGGUCGCUGUUAUGACUUACGAUUUCCACGGUCAAUGGGAUAAACAAACCGGACACGUGGCUCCUCUAUACUACCACCCCAAAGAUGAAGUAGCUUUCUUUAAUGCGAACUUUUCUAUCAAUUAUUGGAUAUCAGAAGGACUGCCGAGAAGGAAAUUAAUCAUGGGAAUGCCUCUAUACGGUCAGUCGUUCCGUUUGGAAAAAGAAUCUGAGAAUGGAUUGAACGCCAAAGCUCCAGGACCUGGAGAAGCGGGAGAAUAUACUCGAGCAGCUGGGUUUUUAGCUUACUACGAAAUUUGUGAUAAAAUUAAAAAUAAGGGUUGGAAUGUUGUACAAGAUCCUACAGGAGCGAUGGGACCUUACGCAUUCAAAGGUAAUCAAUGGGUAUCGUUUGACGACGCAGCAAUGAUAAGAAAAAAAUCUGAAUAUAUAAGAAAAAUGGAUUUGGGAGGUGGAAUGAUAUGGGCUCUAGAUUUGGAUGAUUUUAAAAAUAGUUGUGGCCAAGGAAGACAUCCGUUACUGACGAUCAUAAGGAAUACUUUAGCUGAUGCCGGUAGCGGUCAUCCGGAGCCUUUUCCAGUUGAAGAAAUGCCAUCACCAUCGAUAGAAGCCGUUGUGGAGGAAGUUUCGGAAACGUCUUCACAAUUGCAAAGCCUAAUAGAUUCGAGCUCUGAAUAUAAAGUCGUUUGUUACUUUACCAAUUGGGCUUGGUAUAGACAGGGCGUUGGAAAGUAUCUACCUCAAGAUAUUGAUCCGGAUUUAUGUACGCACAUCGUUUACGGAUUCGCAGUUUUAAACGGAGAUCAAUUAAUAAUAAAACCUCAUGAUAGUUGGGCUGAUUUCGAUAAUAAGUUCUAUGAGAAAGUGACGGCCCUAAAGGAGAAGGGUGUCAAAGUAUUGAUAGCUAUAGGUGGUUGGAAUGACUCUGCUGGCGAUAAAUAUUCCAAAUUGGUAAAUAAUCCUUCGGCGAGGAGACGUUUUAUAGCGCACGUAUUAGAUUUUAUCGAAAAGCAUAAUUUCGAUGGACUAGAUUUGGAUUGGGAAUAUCCGAAAUGUUGGCAAGUGGAUUGUAAAAAAGGACCGGUAACAGAUAAAGCAGCUUUCGCUGCUUUCGUUAGAGAGUUGCACGAAGCUUUUCGACCGAAAGGUUGGUUACUAUCAUCAGCCGUGUCACCAAGUAAAAAAAUCAUCGACGCAGGAUACGACGUACCAAUUUUAUCAAAAUAUUUAGAUUGGAUCGCGGUUAUGUGUUACGACUAUCACGGUCAAUGGGAUAAAGUAACAGGACACGUUGCUCCCAUGUACGAACAUCCCGAAUCCAGCGAUGAUACUUUUAAUACUAAUUUCACCAUCAAUUAUUGGAUUGAAAAAGGUGCCGAUAGAAAAAAACUCGUUAUGGGUAUGCCGAUGUACGGACAAUCGUUUUCUUUAAGUGAUAACAGUAACCAUGGUUUAAACGCUCCUAGUUACGGAGGGGGAGAAGCAGGAGAUGAAACUAGAGCUAGAGGAUUUUUAGCAUAUUACGAAAUUUGCAGUAACAUCAAACGAAAAAAUUGGACUUUAGUUCGAGAUAAUAAAGGUCGAAUUGGUCCUUAUGCUUACCAUAGAGAUCAAUGGGUGUCUUUUGAUGAUAUCGGUAUGAUAAGACACAAAUCCGAGUACGUUAAAGCCAUGGGUCUUGGUGGUGGAAUGAUAUGGGCAUUAGAUCUCGAUGAUUUUAAAAAUAUUUGUAACUGUGAGGAAUACCCUUUACUGAAAACAAUCAAUAGGGUAUUAAGAGGCUACAAAAUACCGGAUCCCAAAUGUAUCUUAGAUACACGAACGGUAAACACCCCUACUAUUGUUCUUCCUCCACAGAAACCUUCCGUUAUACCAGAUUUACCAUGUUCGGGAAGGUUGUUCCUUUCCCACGAAACUAACUGUAACCAGUACUAUUUAUGCAAUCAAGGUCACCUGCAGUUACAAUCGUGCCCUGAUAGUCUUUAUUGGAACGUGGAUCAUUGCGAUUGGCCAGAAAAUAGUCAAUGUCAUCCCGAUGGUAGUACCGCAACUCCUGUUGAUGAUAUCGCCGAUAAUACCAUUCAAAUUCCUGAGGAUAAUUCCAUUGAAAAACCUGGUAACGAAGUUAAUCAAGGACAUAAAGUCAUUUGCUAUUUUACCAAUUGGGCGUGGUAUAGGCAAGGGGAUGGUAAAUACCUACCAUCGGAUAUAAAUCCAGAAUUAUGUACACAUAUCAACUACGGAUUUGCAGUUUUGGACCCCGAUUCUUUCUCUAUCAAACCUCACGACUCUUGGACCGAUAUCGACAAUGGGUUUUACAAAAAAGUAACCGAAUAUAAAUCGAAAGGAUUAAAAGUGUUGAUAGCUAUCGGUGGUUGGAACGAUUCUUUGGGAGAUAAAUAUUCGAGAAUGGUGAAUAAUCCUGAAGCUAGAGCGAAAUUUGUUACGAGCGUUAUCGAUUUUAUUGAAAAAUACGAUUUCGAUGGUUUGGAUCUCGAUUGGGAAUAUCCGAAAUGUUGGCAGGUCGAUUGCAACAAGGGCCCCGAUACCGAUAAACAAGCAUUCGCUUCUUUAGUAACAGAACUCAGUUCGGCUUUCAAACCAAAAGGGCUCUUAUUAUCCUCCGCGGUAUCCCCAAGUAAAGCAGUUAUAGAUGCCGGAUACGACGUACCUACUUUAAGUAAAUAUUUGGAUUGGAUUUCCAUUAUGACUUACGAUUUCCACGGCCAUUGGGAUAAACGUACAGGACACGUGGCACCUUUAUAUUAUCAUCCCGGUACUACAUACGAUUACUUCAAUUCGAAUUAUACUAUAAACUACUGGAUAUCGAAUGGAGCACCUCCUGAGAAGCUAAUUAUGGGUAUACCCCUGUACGGACAAUCGUUCACUUUAGCUGAUUCCUCAAAUAACGGUUUGUAUGAAAAGACUUACGGUCCUGGUGAAGCUGGGGAAUUUACUAGUGCCGGUGGAUUCUUAUCCUUUUAUGAGAUUUGCGAAAAGGUAAGAAAAUACGGUUGGAAUGUAACAAGAGAUCCGAAAGGCAGAAUUGGACCGUAUGCAACGCACGGUACCCAAUGGGUUUCAUACGACGACAUAUCAGAAGUUAAACGAAAGGCGAAACUUAUUAAACAACUCGGUCUCGGUGGCGGGAUGGUAUGGGCGUUAGAUUUGGACGAUUUUAGGAAUCGGUGCGGUUGCGGACAUCAUCCCCUAUUAAAAGCCCUCAAUAAAGAAUUAAGAGGACGAAAAUCGGAUAUCACAAUGUCGAAUUGUACUUAAAUAUUGUGAUUUGAUAUUUAACUUUAACGUUAAUUCACUUUUCAAUGGAUAUUUGUGUUCAUAUUGUAAGGCUAAAUAUUAUUUGUAAACAUUGACCUUUUCCAAUGCCUUCUGUAGGUAAUUUUUUAUGGAAAAAACACUUAAAUCGUUAAAUUCAUGAGAAAAAAUGGAAAUAAUCAUUAUUUUAGACUAACCAAGUGAGUUUCUACCCAUUCGGUUAAAUUCAAUUCAAUUUUGGUAAGUUGUGUCCCCAAAUCACUGAUUUUUAGAAUGUUUGUAGUAACUUUAAAGCCUUUUUCACUAGGUUGCGAUUAUUAAUAAUCGAAAAGGAACACUACAACUGGAACUUCUAAUUUCCUUGGUCUAACUCCUUAUCGAGCUCCUCAUUUGUGUUGAUGGUUUUUCAAGAUGUGUUUUUGAAGCCUUUUUCCACUAGGUAUGAUAUCGGAAAAGCAAAAAGGAAUUUUUAACGAUGUUCCAUUACAACUUGAACUUCUAAUUGCUUUGGUAGAACUCCUUUUUGAACUCCUCGUCUGUGUUGAUGGUAUUUGACUCUUCUUACACUAUCUUAUCGGUUUCCUUCAUAGUGGAGCUUUUGAGCCUUGUUUUUCAAAGUUUUUGUAGAUAUUUUGAAGACUUUUUCCAAUAGAUAUGGUGUUCCAUUGCAACGUGAAUUUCUAAUUGCCUUUAUCGAUCUUCUUAAGUUUCUCAUAUUUGUUGUUGGUGAUCGAGUCUUCUGACAUUAUCUCGUUGGUUUCCUCCAUAUCUAUGAUCCUAAUACCUCCAAAUUAAAAUCAUCUUGAAGCAUUUUGGGUUAUUUUGGGGAAAAUAUCCUUAUUUUUAGUUUUUAAGGGACAAUUUCAUGCACUGAAAGAUUACAUCUUCUCAAACUAAUUCUAAUACUUGAUGAGGACCUUACUUUCAGUUUUUUUUUCUUUUUGACUUGUUAAUCCAAAAAGUGAACUCAUAUCCAACUACAGGCUAUAUUGCACUAAUUGAUGAACACAGAACACAGAAGUAUGAAAAACUACUUAAAAAUUCGAGUAAUUUCGUAG